AUGAGACAACCCGCCCAUUUUCCAACCUCCCAACAGUUUUCAUGCUUUCCUUCGAAGAGGCAGGAAGCGAAAGCAGAUUAAAAGUCGGACAUUUACUGUCCUCCUUUGUACACACCGUGGCGACAGGCUGACGCCACACGGCCGUCGUCAGGAGCGGGAAUUAUCCGAGCGUUUUACUCCUCACACACGAACGAUGUGGAGAUAAGAAACUUAGGGAUAAGACUCAAACAGGAUACGCAGGAUGUUUCAAAGUCUGGACUUGUUGGUGUUAAGCUUCCUCCUAAUAAUGGUUAGAUCCCAACAAGAGCUGGUGAAGGAUUUGCAGUGCUACAUCCAUUCCGCUAAUCGAGCUCACUGCUCCUGGGUCCCGGGCAGUCCAGAUCUAAAGUUUUACUAUCAGUUAUGGAGUGAGUGUUUCACCGCACCUGCCAUGCACAAGAUCCCCCUCAACCUAAAACAGUGCUUAGAGUACCGUUACACUGACGGGGUGAGGACUGGUUGUGAUCUGGAGGCGAACAUCUGCCAGUCCAUCGUUAUCUUGAUAAAUGAAACGCUCAACAACAGCCUUCCCAUGAAACCCUUUGACAAAAUCUUUUUUUCUAAGAAUGUGAGGCCUCCUGCCCUUAAUUGGACAGUCACUAAAACUGGGGAUCAAUUCCUUAUCAGCUGGACUCAUCCUGACAUCCCUGACAUGGACUGGAGAUAUGUAAUAAAUUACACUGAGUGUAAUGUAGCAAUGACUAAAGAGGUUCGAGACAAAGAAACUGCUGUGUUGGACCUGGCCCCUCACUGUCUGUACAGUAUUAAAAUUAAAGCAACGUGUGAUGGAGGAGAGACCCCAUGGAGUGAUGUGAAGUAUUUUGAUGCAGAUGUAGGAAUCAGUCCUUGGGUGUAUGCUGCCAUUGUCGUCCCGUUGGUGUUCGCUGGACUGGCAGUCCUGGUUUUUGUGUGUUUCAGGAAGAAUAAGGAACAUAUUUUCCCCAAAGUACCAGAACCUCGGGACCUCAUCAGCGAUAUUUAUGACAACAACAAUAAGAGCACUGUUUGCAAGCUGUACAUCCCUGCAAAGGAAGAAGACCACUGUAAAAUCACUCUGGUGGAAGAGCCCCAAAUCAACAAAUUGGACUAACGUCACGUCUCUGCAGUGGCAACAGCUAAAAAAGUCGCACACCUUAUUAUUGUGCUGGCUAAACAAAGGCAUUGGGAGAGCUAACUGUUGAACUGAUGAAUGCAGGAGAUGAUUAGCCAAGUGUGUCAAGGGACACAUCAACAAACAAACAGCGGUAGCUACUGCUUCCCUCUUCAUUGUUGUUCUCAAACUGAUGCAGUUCAAAGUCCAACUUCAUUCCAAAAGCUUAAUUUACUUAUUUUUCAUACCUUUUUUAAUAUAAAGGACCAUGUUAAAAUGUUCUUGUUAAUCAGUGUGCCAUAUCACCAUUAAGCCUGCCAUGGUCUAUUGAGCCCGCUUUCAAUUCUUGCGAAGAAGCCAACGAGUACUAGCCAAUCAGAGGCAGAGUAGGGCAGGUCUUUAGCGGCAUGCAGAUGGGUCAAAAGUUCAUUUCAUUUCAUUUAUUAUACAGGAAAAUUUAAAAGCAACAAUUAAGUUACAAUAUAAAUGGGCCUGACUCCGUUUAAAAACUGGUUUCCAGCAGGUUCCUGUUCUGCAGCAACAUAGAACAUUGAACACCAUUUUGGCACACAUUUUUACAGAACAAUAUCAUGGACUAGACCGAUACAAACAAAUAAAACAUUAAAUAUGUACAAACAGGACUAGAACAAUACAUGAA